GCGAUGGAGCUGAGGAAGGCCCAAGAGUCCAACAGCGUGUCGGAUGAGGAGCUGAAGAAGCUGCUGUACUCCAGAGGACCAAAGAGGUCGAAGCUCGCCUCCAUCCUUCCACUGCUGGAGUUUGUGACUUGGUCCCUUUUAUCAGAGGACACAGAGGAGGCGGUGUCGAUGCGCUGGCUGCCGACCAAACAAAAGGCCUGGAGGACAGGAAGUGGAAGCCCCAGAUACAUCCCUGACUCAGUGUGGCAGUGGAUCCGGAGUGCCGCAGUGUCGGUCCAGUUGGAUGUCGGCACCAGCCCGUCCCGGCUGUCUGUGUCCUCAGACCGCCUGCAGGUCCAGGAGGCGCUGGUGCGGUCCGCUUUGGCCUCACGUGAACCCGAGUGGCCCUACGUGCUGGGCGACGUCACCAUCGCCGCGGGGAGACACUACUGGGAGGUGGAGGUGUCCCCCAAGGGCGGCUGGAGGAUAGGCGUGAUGUCAGAGUCCGCCCCCAGGGGGCGCCGCUCCCCCAUGUCCCCGGAGAGAGGAUACUGGGCCCUGUGGAGGAGCUCCUCCGGUCUGUGGGCCGGCACCGAGGAGCCCGCCAAGCUGCACCGGGCGGCCGCGCCCCGGCUGCUCGGGGUGUACGUGGACGUGGGGGAGGGGCAGGUGUCUUUCUACGACGUGGAACGAAGCGUUCACAUUUACACGUUCUCCGAUACCUUCGGGCGCCGCCUCGUCCCCGUGUUCGGCCACCUGGACCGAGACACGGUGCUUAGAAUCAGACCGGCACAUACGAUGAAGAUGUAGGAUUACACGAUGAAGAUAUGCUCCUCACUCGUAUGACUUCCUGUGAGGUUCCUUUUGCACACAUGACUAGAUGGUGAUCGUAAAAUACGAGUCAUAAGCUACUUUAAACCUUUUUUCAUCACUUGUGAACAACGUCGAAAACACUAAGGAAUAUCAUGUUGCCCCUGAUGUCAUGAGGAGGCAACAAAUGACCCCAUAAUAUCCUCUAAUAAUUCUGAUGGUUUCAUAGCAUUUUAUUUUUGUUCUUUUCUGUGUGUCCUAUCUGUACUGCCUGUACUAGGUAGGUGAACACAAAAAAAUCAAUAAAUAUAAUUUUGAAUGAUAAAAAAACUAUGAAAUAAAUUGUUCAUAGUUGUUUAAAAAAAAGUAAGAACAAUAAAUAACCACAA